UUGGGCACUACAAACGAAACAAACACAUGAUGGAUUGGUGGAUUGUUUUGAUCAUCGCUGUGUUGUGUAGUCUACCGGUAGACGCAGCUGUAUUUCAGGAGGUGCCGCCCGAUGCGACAGUGACUGCAGGAGAGCCGCACACAUUACGAUGUGCAGUCACAGGUAACUUUCAACGCAUUUUCUGGGCUUGGACAAAUCCACAAAACUCUCUCAAGUUCAUCAGCAGAGACAGAACACUGUACCCUACACUGACCGUCGAUAAACGCAGCAGGUAUAGCAUCAAUGGGAAUGUAAUGGAAGGGGAAUACAAUCUGCAUAUCUCGUCUACAACGGCGGCAGACGCGGGAGAGUACCACUGCACCGCCUUAGAAGCCGGCGGUGUAACGAAGCAAUACUCGGCGAGGCUAGUCGUACGGGAUUCCAUUCCACCCAGUGAGGGGUACCCAAAGUGUUCCAUCACACCUGCCGAACCAAAACAUGGGCAGUAUGCAACAUUUUCUUGCGUUUCUGCUGGAGGAACCCCACCGGCCAUGCUGACGUGGUACCGCGGCGACACGCCAGUCGGGCCGACCCUACGAAACUCUAGCAACCUGCAGACGGGAGCCUACUUGAGGCGACUUCUGACGGGUUGGGACAAUAACGUAACUUUCACCUGCUCGUCUACAUCACCUAAUACGGGUAACUCCAGAAGCUGCUCCAUUGUCCCGUUCGAUGUUCCCACUCACGUCACCAUUUUGUCUCCUCAGAUGGUUACAGUUGGCAACACGGCAGAGUUCUUCUGUCUCGCCACUAGCCUCCCAUUUUCUCUGCGAUACCGAUGGCUGGUCGGGCGAGGGAAGGACAUAACAAGAGUGACCAAGACCAAGGGACGAUUUGUUGUUGCAAAAGAAGGCGCAUCUCUAUUGAUUACGGACAUAACCGAGAUGGAUGACAAUAUGCCGGUACGAUGUGUGGCACGAAAUCCCCUGGAAAUGAGGGGGAUAGGUGAGGCUACGUUACGGGUGACGGCUGAGCGGUUGGCAACAACUGCUGACGAGACAACCCUACCAGCCAAUCAGCCCCUACCACCAGCAACGCCAAUUCCCAACCCCAGCAAUACGCUCCCACCUAUACCUGACUCUAUUGAGCCAGACGUGCCUAAUCCACGUGUACGAGUCCCCAAUAAUCCACCUGAGCCCAACCUACCAAUACUUAUUCCGGGUGAUGCCACUCCGCCGGAUCAGAUUACUCCCAAGCUGAAUCCUACUAAUCCUACCGUUCCUGAGCUGAAUCCGCCUGAUCAAGCUACACCGAGUCAGACCACUAGAGGUCUUGUUCCCACGGACCAUGUGACGGACCACGUGACUGUACCUACAAUUCAAACGACCCCCGGUUGGAUUCAAACGCAAAAUCCUGAAUCAGAUAUCAUACAUACACAAACUUUUCCGCAAGGUGAUGUUAAUCCUGUAAUACCACCAUCAAAGCCCAGAAGUUCCAAAGAAUUAACCCCGGAACCCGAAACUUUAAGUACUCCAAAACCAGAGAUAACCACUGACCCACUCUCGUCUGAUUCAGUCCUGCAACCCGGGCCCAAAAGCCCUGGAGGAUUCACUGCCGGUGCGGCUAUUGGCUUUACCAUCCUCAUCAUCGUCGUCUUAGUGCUGAUCGCAGUUUUGAUCAAAGUCAAAGUCAUUGAGAAGGCAGACAAACCGGCAGCAAAAAAGAAGAACCUCCGAUUUAGCGGCAGAGGGCGUAUUGAUAAACUUGACAUAGUCGUUGUUCCAAAUAAUGUGAAGCUGCAGGAUCGUGCCGAGUCUAGUCGGGACAACCCUAAUCUCAACCAUGUAGUGAAACAAAAAGCUAGCAGCGUUAAAUCCUUAAAGCCAACUAGACGACAGUCAUUCGUCCACCCCGACUUUCUGGAACAGCUGGCAUCCACCAUUCGUUCCAAGAGUCACUGCUCCUCUAUGUUCAAAAAGAGUUCAUUUAACUGGAGGAAGAGGAAAGCGUCCAUGCCGAACGUCACUGAGCAUCUGCCAACCGAGAAAACCGACAAUGUUCACCCGAUGGAAGUCACCACCACCGCCAAGAGGUAUUCGGCGUUUUUCAACGCACUGCCUCCUUCAACCUAUGACCAUGAUGAUUACCCGACGCCAAGCCCAAGGAAAAUUCGCACGACGGAGUCGGUCUACGAGAACACCGAAAUCGGGGUGAGACUUCAGGAAGAGGCGGCAGCUGCAGACGAUAUGAACAGGGAGUCAAUCUACGAGAACACAGUAUACAUGAGGAGGGAGUCCAGGCCCUCUAUUGACAAGGAUAAACGAAAGAGCGAGGUAAGCAGUCUGCUGAACCUUGUCUAUGCCGAUUUAGACUGGUCGGGCUUCCCUUCCAAGAAGGAUGACGUAAACGAUGACGACGAUAAAACUGAGUAUGCUCAAAUCAGACGAUCAAAAGUAAUGUUGUAGAGCAACUAUAUCAACUCUAUUAUUUGGUUUAAGGAUGUGAAGAGAGCCGGGAAAGGCUUGAGAUUCCGCCCCGGAAGUUAUGUUCCCCACGGUAAAAAAUGUGCAGAAUGUCUAUGUGAUGGCGCCCUCUUUUGAAUCAACUUCCCUU